AUGUCAGCCGACAACAAUGAUUGGGGAUGCUGUGGUGAUAACCCUGACACAGAAGAGUACAUUAAGUGCCAGAAAUGCUCAAAAAAGUUUCAUGUGGCCUGUCUCAGCUCUCCCUCCGUAAUAAAACCAAGUGAGCUUUCGACAUGGGAAUGUCCUCUAUGUACCAGCCUACGACCCAAAACUGGGCAUAACGACAACACGCCGGUGCGAUUUAACCCCAAUGUCACGGUACGGGCUUCUAAAAGACAGGCACUGCAGUCACCUCCAAUAAUAGGAGCGUCGGCUGAUGAAGUUAGAGGUAUCAUGCAGGAGUAUUGUAAGAGCAUUACAUCUAAAAUCGAUUCCCUAGCUAUUUCCAUUAGUUCUGAAAUAAAAUCAGUUAAGGAGGAGAUGCUGGAAAUUAGGAGCUCUAUGGAUUUCAUGAAUUCCAAAUAUGAAUUGUUGAUCAAAGACCACAAAGAAACUAAACAGGCGAUUGUUGAUUUCCAAAAAGAAAACAGUGCUCUAAAGACCAAUGUUAAGGACCUCACGGCGCGAAUUAAUACCCUUGAACAGAACGCACGAGCUAUGAAUGUAGAAAUACAGUGCAUUCCUGAGAAAAAAAAUGAAAACUUAAUGCAAGUAGUGACCCAACUGGGUACUGUACUUAAGUGUAAUGUUAAAAACGAAGAUGUUAUCAACUGUACACGUAUCGCCAAGAUCAACCCUAAUAGUACGCGACCAAAAUCAAUUGUAGCCCAAUUCGCCAAUAAAAAGAUUCGUGAUGAGUUUUUAGCAGCAUCCAUAAAUUUCAACCGAAAAAAAGCAAUGCAGGAUAAGCUUAAUAGCUCGCAUCUGGGAUUCAACGGUGAAAAAUCUCCAAUAUUCAUUGUGGAUCACUUGUCCCCCAUGAAUAAAUCGCUUCAUGCCGCAGCUAGAAAGAUUGAUAAAGAAAAAGGAUACAAACAUGUGUGGGUUAGGAACGGGCGUAUUUUUAUGAGAAAAACUGAUAAUUCCGACUAUACGCUUAUCAGAGAUAUGGACUCGUUAAAUUGUAUUAAGUAG